UUUUGUUAACAAAUCAUUUAAUUAUAUAUUUAAAAUAUGUUUUAUAAAAAAUAUAUAUAAUGGAAACAGAUAAUGAAGAAGCUGUGCUGAUUUUAAGUGUUGGUCCUGACGGAAAAAAGACAUACACUUUACAAUCCGACCCUACAAAAAGGUACUCUGUAAACGAAAGUGGAGAAUUAGUUGAAUUAAAUGAUCAUUUUCAAAAUGGAAUUAAAUUAGAAAUACCUGAACUUGAUUUACGAGAUGAAAAUAAUGAUGAGGUUAAUCCUAUUGAAACCGAUGAGGAUAGUUUAUUUGCACAACUACAGGACAAAGAAGGUUUAGGUGUUAUGAGCCAUCAUUUAGUUCCGGAAUUUAACGAUGAUUCAUUGACUGAAAGCAUGGAACACGUUGAUUUUGAAAUGGAAUCUGAUGCAAUUAAUGGUGAUAAAAGUGCUUCUCCAAAAGAUGGUGAAAAUGAGGAUGAAGAUGAGGAACCAGACGAUGUUCUUGUAAUGCAUAUGGAUAUUCGAGAUCCACUAUCUAAAUUACGAACCAGCCUGGAGCAGAGAUUGGGAGUAUCAUUACAUGAUUAUGAGUUUUGGUUGCAAGAUACAUCACAGUUGGAAAGUCAUAAAAAUCUUGUGGAUCAGUGUGUUAGCGGUGAAGGUCUUGUACAAAUUAAUGUUCAAAUUCGUACCGAUUUUAAAAUUAUAAAUAUUGUCGAUGUUUUAAAACCAGCUGAAGAAUAUAUCGAUAUGGCUGAAAAUUAUGAAACUGAAUCUCAUCAUACAAUUGACGAUGAAGAGGAGGAAGUUGAAGCACAAUCUUCUGUAAAUAAUAGAAACCAAGUGAUAAAACGAUGGACGAUCGAUAAUCAAUUCAAAAAAGAUCAACAACGAUUAAACAUACCUACAAAUCCAUAUGAGUGGUCCGAAAUUCAUGUCAAACAUUGGUUACAAUGGGCAGUACGACAAUUUAGUUUAAGUCGAAUAAAACUAUCUGAUUGGAUAAUGACUGGUGAACAAUUAUGCAAUUUAUCAUUAUACGAAUUUCAAUCAAAAGUACCAGAAGAUCCAAAUGAUAUUUUUUGGACGCAUUUAGAGUUAUUGAAGAAAUGUAAAUUAGUUGCUGUAUUACAAACCGAAGGCAGUGAAAACAAUACAAGUUAUCAACCCACCAAACUAAAAACUAAAUUUCAAAAGGCACCAAAAAUUGUUGGAAAUGUUCCUUUAUCAAUGGUAGAAGCUUAUGGUUACGGUUGUGGGAAUAGAACUGGUAACAAUGGACAGAUUCAAUUAUGGCAAUUUUUAUUAGAGUUAUUGACUGAUAAAACUAAAAGAAAUGUAAUACAGUGGAUUGGUAAUGAAGGUGAAUUUAAAUUAAUAAACCCAGAAGUAGUGGCACAAUUAUGGGGUGAAAGGAAAAAUAAACCAACGAUGAAUUAUGAAAAGUUAUCAAGAGCUCUACGUUAUUAUUAUGAUGGCGAUAUGAUAUCUAAAGUGCCUGGUAAAAGAUUUGUAUAUAAAUUUGUUUGCGAUUUGAAACAAUUACUUGGAUACGAUGCUGCAGAAUUAGCAGCCUUAAUUGAAUCUUGUGAUAAACAAUCAAGAAAAUUGUCAUCGUAUUAAUAAUUUUUAAUAAUUAAAUUGGCAUACAUGUAUUUGUAAAGGUUUUCUA